AUGCUUCCACCAGAAGUAGAAGGACCAACCUUUGGAUUUCUGUUUAUUGAAAUGCAAAAUCUAGACUGGCUAACUUAUGAUGGAUAAAACUACUUAGAAGACAUUGGCACAUCUUUAGGACCAAGAGUCAAUAAUCUCUUUGCAAAUAUUAAAUUUUGGGGAGAUCAAUCUAAGGGUGUAUAUUUAAAAACUCCCAAUGGCUAAAAGAAGAAUGAAACUAUGACUAAUAAAUUCAAAUAUGAUAUAAAAUGCCCUGAAAAGACAUUUGAAAAAUAUCUAGAUGACAUGGGGGUUCUGGUUAUUGAUUUCUUCGACACAGAGAAGAAUCAAACUAUUGGAACUUCAAAGAUAAUGCUGAAACUUUAUAUUAAAAGUGCUUUUCCAAUAGUUUUAACAGGCAAUCAUAAUGUCAAGAUUGGGCAGUUUAAUAUAUCCAUAGUUAGUUCAUAUGCAGAUCAAAACUCUAAUAAUCAAAUGAAAAGAAAUGCAAACAGACAAAAUAUAGAUCUAGAUGACUCAUUUGAAGAAAAUGAGAAGCUAGCUCAUAAGAUGACUCAGCAAGACAGAAAUAAAAAGAUCAUUGAGAAUGCAUUUAGAGAUGACAGGAUACCAUCUUCUUACUAAGACCAGAAAAACCCAAGCUCCUAUAAGAAAUAGGACUUUGACUUUGAGAUUGAUGAGAGACCAACGAGAGAAAGGCCCAAUAGAAACACUGAAAAAGUCAGAGGAGGCAAAGAAAAUCAAAGGAAUCUUAUUAAUAUUGACGAGAAUGAGGAUACCUUUACAAAUCAAGCUGAAUUUGACAGAAUCUUUGCAAGGGGUGAGAAGCUAAGGCAAUAAAUGAAUUAAGCUUUGGAUUCUGAUAAUGCCUGGGAGACUCUUCAUGGAACUCAUCAAGUCCCAAAGAGAUACAUUCCACCUUUCCUGCAAGAAGAACAAAAGAAGGCUCAAAUGAAUGAUGAUGAGCUAGAUAAUAUCUAUGCUAUUGAAAUUGAAGGCUAUAAUCUGAGAGAGAGUCAAGAGCUCAAAGGUAGAAAAGGCUAAUCUAAUGAUGAUGUUGAGCAAAUUCAACAAGAGAUGAGCUAAGGGCUUUAAAGGUAGGAGACUUAGCACAUUAGAGACAUGAAAUUUAUAAAGAUUAAGAUUGGUUCUUUGAGAAUUGAGGAUGAAGGACUGUUGCACAGCUUAAUAGAUGAAACCUUUAACAUUACAGUAAACGUACCACUUCCAGACAUUUAUCAGAAGAAGAUAUCUAACUAGCUUAUUAAGCUUAGUAACUAUGAUAUAGUUUCAUUCAAUGAGUUCAUGUUCAACAAUCUUUCUCUGUAUAAUUUCAAAAUUGAUGAGGAGACCUUUAAUCAACUAGUUUAGGCUAAAGUUUGCAUCAGCAUUGAGGGCAAAAAUGUUCAAGGAAGUAUUUCAAUGAUCAAGCUUUUAAUGUCUAAAGCAUAUAAAUUAGAAGCUAGUAUUCCACUUGAGCAAACUAUUUUCAUGGAAGACCCAAAGCCUGCAACUAACCAAAAGGGAAAAGCUGAUAAUAAAAAGGGCCCUAAAGGUUAGCCAGCUAAGCCAGAACCAAAAAAGAAAGCCACUGAGGAGAGUAAAAUCCCAUAAACCUUCUAGAAACAAGUAGGCCAUAUUGCUAUAGAAAUUUCUCUGUAAAGAGGGGACACUGAAUAAGAACUAGCUAGAGAUUAUUAGAUUAAAUACCAGAAGCUCUAGGAAUAAAAAGCUAAAGAAGAGGCAGAUAGGAAAGCUGAAAUGGAGAAGUACAUGAAGUUUUCUCAACAAUAGGAACCAAUUUUUGCUCAACUCUACAUGAAUAUCAAGAAUAUCAGAAAUCUCUGUCUUAACUCUGAUGGCAGUUUGAAUAAAGCACUACAUGAAGAAAGUUUCAAUCACAGACUUGGCUUAGCAAGCGAUAGAGAGGAAAUUAGAGUCAAUGAUACUAUUGGAGAUAUACAGCUUUAGCAAGUGCAAAGAGCAUAAAUUAUUGGACCGAAACGAAACUUGUUCGUUCAGUACAAAGCCUUCCCCGCUCUUGAUAAACUCAAGACUAAUACAGUUUGGGGUGAUAGCAAUCCAGUUUUCUAAUACAGAUCUUAAUUCCCAGUUAUUAUGAAUCCUGAUACUGUGACUAGACUUCAAAACUUUACUUUCAUCUUAGAAGUUUGGGAUGCCAAGAGUCCAGCGCAAGAAGAAUUUAUUGGCUUAGUUAAAAUUCCUCUUGCAAGUUUCUGCUAUUCAAUGAAGACCACUGAUGAUCAAAUUUUUUCACUAAACUUUCUUGCAGAUCAACAUUGCCUUUACCCAAUGAUGAUUUCAGAUGGCUUCCUUCCUAUUUACUCGCCAAGAUUAGGUCUUAAUAUUGGAGAAUUACAAAUAACUCUUGCUCUAGGAACAGCUGUACAAAUAAAUAGAUAGAUCUAAAAAGAAUAAGAAUCAGAUAAAUAAUUGAUAGAAAUGACUUUUAAGACUUAAAUGAUCGAUAUGAUUAAGCAAAAGCAAGAGGAAGAAAAUAGGCUUAGAAUGACUUUAGAAUUCCAAAAUUAGAGAGAACGCGAAAGAGAAGAAGAAAGAAGAAAAGAGGAGUCUGAAAAAGUGCCUGAGCCAGAAAGAAGUGUGACACCAGAUAGAUCAAUGUUAGAUAGACUUCCUAUUUAGGAUUAAAUAUUGUCUGGCUUUAAUUCUAUCCUUAACAAGCAACUUAGUCCAACUAACGCUUAAAACAAUCAAAAUGAGAACUAAUUCUUCAGAAACAUUGGUAAUUAUCUCAGAACUAGUAUGAAUAUGUCUGUUACCAGCAGAGAUGUAGAUAUGCGUAAAAUGACUUAACUAAACUGCCUCAGAAAGUUAUUUGAAGAAUCAAGGGCCUUAGAAAUUAGAGAGAUAAAUAGCGAUGAAGUCUUUAAGGAAAAUCUUAAGAAUUUUGAUGGCUCCUUGAAGAAAGAUGAUUUUCUAUAUUGCCUUUUAAAUAAGGAAGAAUUCACACUGACAAGAUCUGAGAUUUCAAAUAUUCAGGCAAUAAUGCUAAAUAUCACAAAAGCUGAUUAGACCAAUAUUGAUAUAGAUGAGAUUCAGUUCAGUUACAAGCAAUACAUUGGUUAUUAUGACUCCCUUUAGGAGCCAAUUAAUGAACUCUUUUAACUAUUCAAGAGAAACAUAGAUAAAAAGAUUGAUAGUUAUGAGCAGUAAGAAGAAUUUAUCAGAAGUAUCGAGGAAAGAGCUGUUGAAUCAAAGAUCCCUAUAGCUGAGCUAAAAGACAUUCUAGAUGGAAAUGGCAUUCUCUUAAGAGAUAUUUGUUAUGAUUAAUUAGCAAGCUAUUUCGAUCUAGACAGAAACGACUUGAUAUACAUUAAUGGCUUUUGUGAGUAUUUGAGACGAUAAUCUUUAUCUAAACUUAAUUUCCUUAAAGUCAGUCCUAACAUUCUCACUAGUAGGAUCAAUAACUUCAUUAAGGAGUAAAUUCUAUUGAAUCCUGACUAUAUGAAUAUUCUUGAACUUGAAUUCAAAGUUGAGGCGCAUAAAGCUUAGGGUAAAAGUGGCAUUAUUGAGGAAAUUCCAGAUGAUAUUUUGCUCACAGAAAGAAUAAAUGCUAAGCUAUUUCAAUUCAAACUUAAGAGAUAAGGAACAGUAGUAAGUCUAUGGGAAAUCUUUACCUUUUUCGAACACCUUAACAUUCAAUACGCCAAGCUUUAUCAUGAACCUAGCAGGUAUCACAAUAUUCUGUUCCCUUACCUAUAUAAAUACAUUCUCAAUGAGGAUUAUGAAGCUAGGAUCAAACAGGAAAGAGAUAAAAAAGCAUAAGAGUUACUUUAACAAUAACUAUAGCAGUAACUUCAUGAUCAAAUGGUAAAAGCUUCUACAGAAUCAGUAUUUGCCUUGGCCUAGGACUUAAACCAAUAAUAAAAGAGAAGAGGGGAUAAGCUAGGAUCAGAUGGAGGAAUUUAUUCAAGUAAAAGUGAGAUGCUUUCAGAGAGUGAGGAGGAAUCUGAGGUCAUUAUCAACAAGAACAAAAAGAAAAAGAAGGGAAAAAAGAGAAAGGAUAAAGAGAUGACAUUUGUGUAAAAGAAAACUGAAACAGCAGAAGAGGAUGAAGAUAAAGAGUCUAAUGACUCAGUCAAAAAGCAACAUCUAGAAGAUAAUAGACCUUAUAAGAAAGUCAAGCAUGUUUUUGAGAUCAAGGUCAAGGAACUUAAGAACAUUCCAAUUCUGGAUAAGCUGAUCAAAGACAUUUCUAGAAAUGAGUUGGCAUAAUAGACUUAGCCUUUAGAAAGAUCAAGAAGCAAGACUAAGACAAGUAGCAAAAAUUAAUACAUUCAAAAUGCUGCUAUUAAAUACACAUUCCCUCUUGACGAUGACUAAGUAUUCUAAUCAGAUUACAUUUAGUUGAACAAUGAAAGUCUUGCAUUGAAUAAUCAAUUUGAUUACAAGGUCUCCAUCAACACUGUUCACAAUUACAUCAUCAAUAAGGAAGACUCAAUUUAAAAGCAUCUGAAAAAUUUAACUAGCAGCUCUGAUCAACUUUUCAAUGUUACUUUAGCUUUAUAUGAAGGCAAUAAGGAGUAUGUAGUAGGAAACGCCUAACUACCUAUUGAAGAUCUAAUAGACUAGAUUGAUAUGUAUCAAAUGUCAUAAUUUACACCAGACAGUAGACAAACACUUUCAAGAAUCUUGUUCAUUUAUGGCACUACUUUUAGUCAGAGAGAAAACUGCAUUAUAGGUAAGAUGCAACUAGAGAUCAAUUAUAAAACUGAGAGGCAAUAUGUAGCAGUAGAUCCCAACUAACCCCCAGUCACUGAUGAACUCUAGACUUAAAUUGAUGAAGAAGACAACAAUGCCAAUUCUUGUUUUUUGCAUAAGGAAACAUAUGUUAAGAGAAAGAUUCCAUUAAACGGUGUGAUUAGUGUGCAUGUUGAAAGUUUGAAUAAUUUAAAGGAGUCCAUUGAGAAUAUUGAGCACUUCGCAAAAAUCCAAUAAAGUAGUUUAGCUGAUGAAAAGCCAAAAAGUUCUAAACUGACUGCAAUUACUGGCACUAGUAAGAAAAGCUUAGUUAAUUAGUCAAAAGAUCAACUUGACAGACGUAGAAUUCUUACUUAGAUCUACAGACAGGGUCUUAACUUAGUUGUGAUUGGAUCCGUUUUCGGAGAUGACACAGAGCUCACUAGGAAAUUCCCAACCAGUAGACACACAAGCAAGCUUUUGUACAACACACUUAAUCCUAUAUUCAAUGAGUACUUUGACCUUAAUGUGUAAAUGGAUACUAAAAUUUUUGACUACCUAAAUAAUAAGAAAGCUAAAUUUGAAAUCAGACAUUAUAUUAUCCAAGGCAAAAGUGAUCAACUAAAUUCUUAUGGACUUAAUAACUUAAAUACUAGGAAAGAUAACUUAGAUUCUCACAGAUCCUAAAAUACUUAAAACACUGAGGAUAUGGAGGACAAAAACAUCCUUGAAACCAAUGACUACAUCAUCAUUGGAUACGUCUACGUGCCACUCAGAAAUCUGCUUGCAAGUAAUUAUGGCAUUGAUGAUAACUUCGUAAUCUUCGAUGAGUAUAAACAAUAGAUGGGUACGCUUAAGCUAAGAAUCUCUUUGAAUCACCAUUCUCAACACAGACCUCUUUACUCCCAAGAAACUUCUACUAAAUAUAACAAUUUGAUAGCAAAGAACUAAGAUAACCUCAGAACUACUAUGAUAGACAGAUCAGCUAAAAUAUCACAAACCUUAGCUAGAUCAAACGGUAAUGUCCUCACAAGUGAUCAUCAAAUGAUCUUAGGCUUGAACUUUGUAGAAUUGCUUUUCAAGAAUAGAGAUGAGCUCAUGUAAUAAACCUAUCUUUCGUAAACUCUUAAUCAGUAGAGUCAUAUGUACCUUAAAUUUAAGGUGUUUGGCCAAAACUACCAAACUAAAUUCAUGUCAAGCCAGUCAACAAAAGAAUCACAACACUUGAAGUAACUUAAGAUCAAAGUUUUUGACAUCAAGAAAACAGUGCUCAUUGAACUUGAUUAUCUAAAUCAGAAAAAUAUAGAGGAGCUGUUUUCUAGACCAUUAGAGAUUGAGCUUUGGUACAAGAGAGAAGGUGCAAAUAAGUAUCAGCAACCAGCAGAUGAAGUGCAAUUAGGGUCCUUCUUCAUUGAACUAAAUGAACUGAGUAAAAUUAGAAAUAAAAGAAUCAAGGAUUAAAAUGGUGAGGGCAUUUUCCAUUCUCAUGAAGGCUAUUUCUCAUUAUACGAUUUCUAAAGAGAGUAAGUUACACCUGAUAGAUUAGGAUGCAAGCUAUAUCUUAUUAAGAAAGAAUAUGAGACUCAGAUGGCAGAUUCAGAGGUACUCUUCCAUAACCUUCAAUAGAUUGAAACUCAAAUUUCCACAACUCUAGAUCCUCAGCAUAAGGGCUUUGUAGACUAUGAAGACCUCAUAGCUCUCAUUCAGAAGGAACUAUAAGAUCCUUAUCAGUCUUUGAUCAAGGCACUAAUUGACAAUAUGGAGUAUAAGAACACAGAUAAGAUCUAUUACUCACCACUGUUUGGCCCACUGCCCCCAUUCUUCAGAUUAGUGAGAAAAUUCGACUCAUUUGGGAUAGUUGAGAAGUUUAACAAGGAAUUCCAGCAGAUAGACAAUCACUAGAAUGGUUUCAUUCCUCUUACUCUAUUUAGAACUCUGUUAGAACACGAACUUAAAAUCAAAGAGAAGAUUGUGAUUGACUUCAUUCAGAAUAUCAGGGAUGUUGAUCCAAAGCAAUAGCUAUAGAGCCUGGAUGUGAAUGUCUUCUCUCACUCGUUCAAGAAUCAUAUUGACUAUGUGGUGUUGCUUAGGAAAAUCUCAUUCUAUUUUGAUAAUAAGAUAAACGACAGAACCACAAAUAAUGAUAGCUAGAUGAUAGAGAGUCAUCGAAUGGGUUCAGAAGAUGUAACACUAAAGAUAAACAUUGAGAGUGCUAUGAGGUUGAAGAACCCACUUAGUGAUUUAGAUGCUCCAAACAGCUAGGUACUGCUCAGAUUACCAUUCAGAGGAGCUACUCCAGAGUAGAUUCAAACAUAAGUUGUCUAGAGAAGUUCCUAUCCUGCAUGGCAUUUAGUAGGCUAGCAAACUAGAUUCUAACUGAAUGAAGACAACAUCAGACUCAUUAUUGAUAGACCUUUAGAAUUUGAAGUGUAUCAUCAGUAACUAUCAACCAAAGAUCAAAUAUCAAAAACAUUAAUCGGAGUGGCUUAUGUUGAUCUAUCUCAAAUGAUAUUCGUCGACGGCACUUAUCAGAUCAACGGAUACUUCCACAUUCUUAGAAAAGAUAGAUUCCAGGAUGGCCAUUAAGUGCCACUUACAGAUCCCUAGAUUUUGUCCAUAGAAUCACUUGGCUAAAUCAAGCUUUCAGUGUCCACUACUAGUAAUUUGAAGCAGAUAGCCUAUCAAGUACCUUCGCAAAAGACCAUUAUAAAGCAAAACUCUCCAGUUAAAGAGAGACUAAAUCAAUCACAGAUGAAUAUGAGUCUGGUAAGACAGAGCUAGGACAACGUGUUUGGCACAUAAAACUACCAGCCUCAAAUCUUAAGCCAAACUUAGUAAAAGCUAAUGUACUCCUUCAACUAAAUAUCUCAGGAUCUAACUCAACAGCAAGAUGAUGACCUGAAGCUCAAGCAUACUCAGAAUAUGUCCGAACUAGAUAAGCUUAUAACUUCGUUGAAGAGAGGUAAAUUAGAAUAAGAAGAGGAAUAACCUAGAUUCCACAGAUAGGUCAGAGAUAAUCUGCUACAUAGAGUAGAAACUUAAAAUGCUCCUAACUCAAAUAGCGUCAAUAGCAAUCAAAUGUAUAACUACCUAAAUGAAGAAGAUGAUCUUAGAGUAACAAGAGGAUACAACCAGAGUUAUCAGAUGACUUAAGAGUUUUCUAAAGUCACAUAGACUAUGAAAGACUAGCAAGCAAUUGCUCACAAAUUGAAUCAAAUCAGAAAUGUAGUCUAGGAAAUGGAAAAUGAAGGCAGUGAGUUCGACAGAGACGAGGAGAUCAAGAACGAGAAGGAAAAUGUCUUCAAUAGAAAUCUCCAAGAAUCAUCCAGAUAAUACGAUAGAGACGAUGAUUUUAGAGUGUAAUAAAAUUAAGUCUUUGAUUACAAGCCAGAAAGACAACAAGAACAGACUCCAUAGUAUUUCCACGAAGAAGAUCCAAUGAAACAGUCCUUCUCACCAUUUAACUUUAGACAACAGACAUUGUCUCAAGUACCACCUCUGCAGAUCACAAAUGUAUUUGAGAGACAAGAUAACAUCGGAAAUCAAAUGAUGUUCCAGGGCUCUUAAAGUUUCGAUGAUAAGAGAGAAGAUGAUGAAGUGCAGGAUAGAUUUAAUAUUGAUCACAGAUCAGCUCCAGUGUCCUUUGAAAGAUAGCAGCCAGCUACUGAGCAAAAGAAAAAGUCUAUUUUUGACAUCGAUGAGGAUGAAGAUGAUAUGUAUGAUGCCAAGGAAAUGGAAAGAAUUGCCAAAAUUUUAAAUUCUUAAAAGAAAUGA